CUCCUCUUCUCUACCAGCAGAGGAGAGUCGGGCUCAUGUGUCAACAUCCAGGUUCCCCUGGAGCUGGAGCCUGAACGUUAGCCACAAAAAACACACAAAAAGACCGAGAGAGAACCUGAUGUUCCUUUGAAGACGCUUCUAUGUGUUUGAUCUCCUCAUUAAUGGUUAUAAACGGUGUUUCUCUAACAGGAUCAGAGACGCAGAGCGCGCUGCUCGGACCCCAGCUGACCGUGUUUUAAACGAUGACAGAGUACAAAGUGCGAACAUCUUCUCCGAUCAUUUAAUAAUCAUAUCUGGGACCUGUUAGCUCCCACAGCUAGCCCGGGGACUCCACCAGAACCAGGGGGAACAGGAGGAACUGUCUGCUGACAUGAUGUUUCCUCAAUCCAGGCACCAGGCGUCCUCUCAGUCCAGUCAACCUCUCAAGUUCACCACUUCUGAUUCCUGUGAUCGCAUCAAGGAUGAGUUCCAGUUCCUCCAAGCACAGUACCACAGUUUGAAGUUGGAGUGUGAUAAACUGGCUUCUGAAAAGUCAGAGAUGCAGCGUCACUAUAUCAUGUACUACGAAAUGUCCUACGGGCUGAACAUUGAAAUGCACAAACAGGCUGAAAUAGUGAAGAGACUGAAUGGCAUCUGUGCUCAGGUGCUGCCUUACCUGUCACAAGAGCAUCAACAGCAAGUCAUGGGCGCCAUCGAGAGAGCCAAGCAAGUCACGCCCCCUGAGAUGAACUCCAUCAUACGGCAACAGCUCCAGGUGCAGCACCUGUCCCAGCUGCAGGGUCUGGCCCUGCCGGUGACCCCGCUGCCCCUGGGCCUGACCCCGCCCACCCUGCCCGCCGUCUCCUCCAGCUCCGGCCUGCUCUCCCUCUCCUCCAUCCUGGCCAACUACUCCCACGGCCAGGCCCAGGCGGCCAAGGAGGACAAGGCCCGGGAAUCGGCCGAGAGAGCGCCACGAGGAGACGACGGCGACAAGUCAGACUAAUGCAGAAGACACGGCCAGGAGGUUUGGAGGGGGGGUUGUUGUGGCGGGGGAGGGGAGGGAAGGGAUGGGGGGCGGGGUGUCUUUAAAAAAAAAAAAAAAAAGAAAGGUAAAAGUGUAACUGUAAAUGGAGAUUGGUGUAAGUCUGGCUGCCUGUCUGCUGAGUGUUGGUGAAGUAGAGUAACUGCAGGGAUGACGACGAGCAGAAACGAGGAUUUUUUUGGAUGUGCAGAGAACGAAAAACUGCUGAAUGGCUGAGAGUGAGAGUUAAAUGUUCUUAUUAUUUAGUGGUAAUAAUAGACUCAGUUCAGGCUUCUAGACUUUAAAUAGAUGCUUUUUUUUUUUUUUUUUAGUGUAAGCCACUGUUGUUAGGCUUAAUCAAGAUAAAUGUUUUCCCAUUUGGAGUGAGAGUUGAGGAUGAAAGCUAACAGCAGUGUCCCUUACACAGAUCUGCCUCUCACUGGUUUAUAUUUCUUAAUUCUAGUGUUUUUUUUUUUGUUUUUUGUUCAUGUCCUCCUCAGAUUGUUUCUUACUGGCUCACAGUAAACAGUUUAAACAACAUCUUAGUUCCCUCUAACUUCUGUCCCUCCACUCAUAACGUACAAAAGCUCCUUUUUUUUCUUCCCCAUAAUGAAAAAAUGUUGACUGGAGCUGUUUGGAAAGUUCAUUUAUGUACUUGAAGCCAGAUUAAGUCCUAGUCCGAUGUUCAAUGGGAUGUUUUUAAAGGGACAUUUCACUUCAAUUCAGAACAUAAACCACCCAACGUUUCAUUGUUUUCAUACGACCAACCACUGGAUGCAUUACCUUUAGCUGUGUACCUCAAUCCCCAAAAACUGGGACUUUAUUCCAUUAAGAACCUUUUAGUUUGUACAAAUGGUAGUUUACCCAUCUCGGGGGUUAAUUUGUGUUUCAUAGGCCUAGCAGCCAGCUGCUGCUGCUAGCUGCCAGCUGCUGCUAGCUGCCAGCUGUCGCUGCUGCUAGCUGCCAGUUGCUGCUGCUAGCUGCUGCUGCUGCUGCUAGCCGCCAGCUGCUGCGGCUAGCUGCCAGCUGCUGCUAGCUGCCGCUGCUAGCUGCUACUAGCUGUUGCUAGCUGUUGCUGUUGCUAGCUGUUGCUGCUGCUGCGCGCUACAUGGCACGGACCAUGACUCGUCUUUAAAUGACAAGAAUUGAAGCUCUGGAAAAAAAAGAAAUUGACUUUAUUUUGUUGUUUUCGUGAAGUUAAAGACUAAUUAGACAUUCAAAAUGUGCGUGUGUGUGAUCGGGUGAAUGUGAUCAGAAAGAAGAAAACACUUGUUUAAUUUAACUUUUUCUUUCUUCUUUUCUUUUCUUUUUUUUCUUUCUUUUAAAGCACCUUUUUGUAUUUUCCUCCCCUGCUCCUGCCCCUCUCUUCGUUCUGGUCCACUCUUUAACUGACCAAGACAAACUUGAACAGGAUCUAAACUUCAGAACCAGACGGUUGUAAAAGACUCACGAGUACUUCUGUAAUUCUGUAAGUUAGAGGAACACUUCAGUUUAAACUGAGACUGUAUCAAGCACCUGUCUUUCUUUUCCUGUCUUGUUUAACUUGUGUGUGAUUGUCAAGGGGAACAUCUUCCCUCCAUAAAGUUUCUUUUCAUAUUGUUUU